CAAAUACUUUCAAUAGUCAUAUACAGUAUAAAAACUUAGAAGGACAUACAAGUAAUUAUUAUCUUAAAUUCCAUACUUUUAAUGUGUAGAAACUGAUAAAAAAGAAGUUUAAAGGUCAGUCAUGUUGGAAGAGGAUAAGAUUGAAAAUAUCAUCGGUCGUUUUGGAAAAUAUCAAAGAUGGAUUUUUAUUCUACUGACUAUCAGCCGUCUUCCUACUGAUUACCAAUUAGUGAAUGUUGUUUUUUUAUUACCUAAUGUGCAAUACACAUGCUUGGAUGAAGAGGCCUAUAACCAAACCAAUUAUUGUCCUUGUAAAAAUCCACAAUAUGAUCUAAGUGCUAUUGGGAAUUCUGUGACAAGCACAUUUGGACUUAUAUGUGAAAAACGUCACCUGGCUAGUUUAGCACAAUCAAUCCUACAAGCUGGAAUUUUAAUUGGUGGUAUCUUUUACGGAUACCUGUCUGACAGAUAUGGUCGUAAAAUAGCGGUUUUUCUUGCUCUUAUCUGUGAAGUCUUAUUUGUAUCACUUUCCGCGGCUACAACACAAUUUUGGAUGUUCCUUGCCAUGCGAUUCUUAAUUGGCACUGCGGUUGGGGGAACAAUGCUUUGUGCUUACAUCAUGCUAGUUGAACUUAGCGGGAAAUCAUUCAGGCCAUAUCUUGCGGGCAUGAUUGACAUAUCCCUUAUUAUUUCAUAUUUUACACUUCCCAUAUUGGCCUACUUUUUAAGAGAUUGGAGGAAAUUGCAACUAGUACUGUCAUUACCUUGGUUGUAUACUGUUGUCAUCUAUUUUGUUCUGCCAGAAUCACCAAGAUGGCUUAUUACUACUGGACAGAAAGAUAAAGCUGUGGAGGUUUUAUCUUAUAUUGCCAAAAGGAAUAACCGUCCAACAGAAAAUAUACGAGUUACUGUUGAAAAUUUGAUAUAUGAAGAAGAGACUAGCAACAGACAGCAAAAACACGGAACAUACUUGGACUUAUUUAGAACGCCAAAAGUUAGAGCGUACACUUUCAUAACAGCUUUUAUUUGGUUAAGUAUAUCACAUACCUUUUUUGGUAUCAACCAAUACAUCGGUCGGCUAGAGGGAAAUAUUUACAUUAAUGUAAUUUUUUCAUCAAUUGGUCUUAUACCUGGAAUGACUUUGGUCGUAAUAGCUUCUUUGUAUUUGAAUAGAAGAUUAGCGGUUGUAAUAAGUUGUGGUGUGGCUGCUAUAUCACUAAUUGUUUUCAUAUUUAUACCCAGUAAUAUGAAUAAUCUUAUAUUAGUUUUUGCUGUUAUAGGCCAAACUGGUGCUUUUACAGCGUUUGCGCAAAUAUAUCUGUAUUCAUCAGAAAUUUUUCCAACUAUUAUUAGAAACUCAGCGAUGGGUUUUGCUUCCAUGUUUGCUAGAUUUGGUGGUUUUAUUGCGCCAUUUGUAGUAAAUAUAAGUAUAGAGUGGGUUUCCAUAGUUAUAUUUAGUUUAUUAGUCUCGUUUGCAGGUAUUUCCUGCUAUUUUUUACCAGAAACAAAAGGUACUGUUCUCUUAAAUACAAUAGAUGAAACUGAGAAUUCUAUAAAAAAAUUGACUGAUGAUGUAAAUUAAAUGCACAUAAAAGAUGUCCAAAAUAUUACAUAGUAGGUAAAAAAUUGUUAAUGCAUAAGUUAUUACUUCAAAAUUAAAAUAAUAUAACGUGUGUUUAUUAAUUCCUCGAGUACUUAUAAUAUGGAACUAGUUUUUUCUAAUCCUCAUUCUUGCAAUAUUAGGUUUUAUGUAAAAUUGCUUAUCCUUACCAUAUUUUACUGUGCGAGUUCUUAUCUCCUUAUCAUUACUAAAGAGCAACGUCUCAAAGUUGAACGUUUGCAAAAUGUUUCUCUUUCAUUCAUACAUGAACCACACAAAAAUUAUUGUAUGUCAAUAUCUGGAAAACUUUAGAGUAACAUUUUACUUAAAAUUUUUUUUAGCUUUACUUGUGGGUUUGGAAGCUCUUAAGCGGAAUACGUUUCUUGAUUGUGCCAAUUUUUUUAUUCUCUAGUGCUAUAGGUUAUGACUUUAAGUUAUAUAGUGUUUGGCCUUUAUCAAUAAACCGAUUAUUCAGAAAACAAUUAACAAACAAACUCUCAUGCCUUAUACUUAAUGAGCA